AUGGACGCCGAUAUUCCACACAUCCGGGACACGCUGCUGAACCCGGAAACAGAAUCCCGAUCCGCGGUGAUUGUGAUUGAUGACGCUGAUGAUGAUGAUGAUGAUGAUGGUGUUCUCUGCUUGUGUGGUCAGUCGGUGCAGAUGUCUCUGGCCCAGCGGGUUCUGCUCACCUGGAUCUUCACGCUCCUCUUCCUCAUCCUGCUGGUUCUGAAGCUGGAUGGAAAGGUCCGCUGGAGCUGGUUCCUGGUGUUUCUGCCCGUCUGGGUGUUUGACGGCGCGCUGCUGCUGAUGCUGGCCGUGAGGCUGGCGGGCCGCUGCCGGACCGGGCUCGACCCGCGGCUGAAGCUCUGGUACCUGCUGGCUCUGAUGAUGAAGGUGGGCUUCUGUGUGACUCUGUGCGCGCGGCUGGAACAGCUGACCCACCUGCGGCUGCUGAUCAUCUGUGUGCCGCUCUGGACACUGCUGACCGGAGCCCUGAUCCAGCUGGGGUUCCACAUCCUGCCCCAGCGCACACACACACACACACACACACACACACACACAGCGCUGACCAAAACCAUCAGAACACUAGUGUCUUCAGCAGAUAAACAUGGUUUGAAGUCAGUUAUUUCUAUCUUCUGCUGGAGUGCGUCGGGAGGAAAUAUCACUUUACAUUCCCAAACAUUCAUUUAG